UCUGUUCUUUUUUUUUUUUUUUUUAUACAAACAAUUGAAACAACAGGAAUUUAUUCACUUAUAAAACUGGAAAGUCUUAGGCAUGACUUCAUCCAGGGCUACAGUCAAGAAUCUCAGUUCUCCCCCAAACCAGUUAAUGUGGCUGAGUCAUAUGCUGGGCACAGAGUUCCUAAGAUUCGGUUACGAGGUGCAACACUUUUAAGCACCGUGAGUGGGGUGGUGAACGCUCCCCUCAGUGACCAGCUGAACCUCGGAGGCAUUUUGCAGAGAGUAUGCUUUUUUGUAACUUCUCUUUUCUGCUUUGUCUUAGCUGUGGCCAUUCCAGGCCCACCCGGCCCUCCAGGACAGCCAGGGCUUCCCGGAUCCAGGAACCUGACUUAGCUUUGGAACCAAACCCUUCUGACCACCCAAGAGCAAGCACAAUCUUUCUGAGCAAAUCUCAAACAGCUGUGCGGCAAAAGCGGAAGAGCAACCAUUUAAACCAUGUAUCUCCAGGGCAGCUUACUAAAAAGUAUAACUCAUGCUCAACAAUAUUUCUAGAUGACAGCAUAGUCAGCCAGCCUAAUCUUAGAACCACAAUAAAACGUAUGACCUUAGCAAUAUAUUACCACAUAAAGAACAGAGCUGCAGAUAGAUCCUUGGAUAUUUUUGAUGAGAGAUUACAUCCACUCACACGAGAAAAGAUUCCAGAGGAAUACUUCGAGCAUGAUCCUGAACACGAAUUCAUUUACAGAUUUGUUCGUACUCUUUUUAGUGCCGCACUGCUAACUGCUGAAUGUGCAGUAGUAACUUUGGUUUACUUAGAAAGGCUUUUAACUUAUGCUGAGAUCGACAUGUGCCCCACUAACUGGAAAAGAAUUGUUUUGGGAGCCAUUCUUCUUGCCUCCAAGCUUUGGGACGAUCAGGCUGUAUGGGAUGUGGACUACUGCCAGAUCCUCGAGGACGUUACAGUUGAGGACAUGAAUGAGAUGGAAAGGCACUGCCUGGAGCUACUUCAUUUUAAUAUUAAUGUUCCUUUCAGUGUGUAUGCCAAAUACUACUUUGACCUUCGCUCCUUAGCAGAUGACAACAACCUGAAUGUUCUAUUCACUCCUCUUAGCGAAGAAAGAGCACAGAACUUAAAGGCCAUUUCCAGAUUGUGUGACGACGAAUACAAAGACGUGUGUAGAGCUGCUAUGAGAAGGUCUUUCAGUGCUGAUAAUUUCAUUGGUAUUCAGCGCUCCAAUGCCAUCCUCUCUUAA